UAUAUCUUAUUACAUUAAACUGCUUGCUCAUGUCCCUCUUGUAAAUACUGACACAGUGAACUUCAGCGUAUAAAACCUGACUUGGAAACAGUGUCUGUGGGUGAGCUGGCAGCGUGAUCCCUCUGUCUGUGGGCGGGGAGACAAAGUGUCAGUCUGCGAUGCUGAAUGGCUGCAUCCCUGGUGUUCAGACUCCACGACCGAGGUCCCGAUCUGGUGAGGGAGGUGCUGCUGGAGCGAGGAUGGGAGGAAUAUGACGAAGAAGAGAGGGAGGAAGAAGACUGGAACCUGUACUGGAGGGGAUCUACCUUUCGGAACUCUGAGUAUCUCAAUCUGCUACCAUGGCAGCGACUCAACCACCAUCCCAAGACUGUUGGCAUCACACGCAAGGACUUCUUGGCACGUAACCUGAGGAGGAUGAGAGCCACGUUGGGUUCAUCUCUUUAUGACUUCAGUCCCACCGCCUUCAUACUCCCCAACGACUACACCCGCUUCCUGUCUGAAUACAACAAGCUGCGUCUGACCAGAGGAGCGUCCGUGUACUGGAUUUGUAAACCUGUGGAUCUCUCCAGAGGUAGAGGGAUCUUCAUCUUUGAGGACAUCAAGGACCUGGUCUACGACUGCUCCAUGAUCGUACAAAGGUACAUCAGCGACCCUCUUCUGAUCUCUGGGUACAAGUUCGACUUGAGGAUCUACGUGUGCGUGAAGACUUUUCACCCGCUGACUGUUUACAUCCACCAAGAAGGGUUGGUGCGGUUCUCCACUGAGAAGUACAACCUGACGUCUCUCCGAAACCUGUUCGCUCAUCUCACCAACACCAGCAUCAACAAGUUUGGACCUUUCUACAAAACCCAGAAAGAAAGAGUGGGCCAAGGGUGCAAGUGGACCAUGAGCAAGUUCAGGCACUUUCUCCACAGCCAGGACAUCAACCAGAAUCUUUUAUGGCAGAGGAUCAGCAACAUCGUGACUCUGACCCUUCUUACAAUCGCCCCUUCUGUGCCGUCUUGUCCGAAUUGUGUGGAGCUCUUUGGGUUCGAUAUCCUUGUAGACGUCAAGUUCAAACCUUGGCUGCUUGAAGUCAACUACAGCCCGGCGUUGACUCUGGAUUGCCAGACAGAUAUCACGGUGAAGAAGAGGCUCAUCGGCGAUCUGAUUGAUUUGAUGAACUAUACGUUGGUGGACAGCUUGAGAACAAAGGCUUUUCAAAGACAAGCGUACAAGAAGUCGUGCUUUCAUGCUAACUUCUCCUCAGAUGCUUUGAUACCUCUGCUCCCAAAGUUGAAAGAAGCUGAGUUUCAGAAGCAAGGAAAGGGUGGCCGGCCUUCUCAGACUCUCCCUAAGCUCAAACCUACACGCCACUUUGAAAAGAUGAACCAAAGACCGUCCAAGCUAGCUAACAACCAACAACGCUUUCCCUCAGUUGACUUCAACAAAGGUGGGAUAAAAACCCACACCAGCACGACCCUAAACCUGAUGCUUGACCCUCACUCAAGGUCAAACGUGUCAGGGGUUAACAGGCAGACAUGUCCUGCUCUUGCACCCUGGAUGAGGGUCAACAGAAGUCUUCUUCAGUCUGAGGUUACAAACUGUGACGAGACUGAAACAGAAGCCGAGACUGAGCUCCCGGCGCAGACAGACGUUUCCUGUUCGAUACAUGAUCUCCCAAAGAAGAGGCUGGGGUUCAGAUGGAAGCUCCCAGACAUUAACAGAAGGAGCAACAAGCCAGAGGGGGUACCCUUUGAGGGAAACGAGGCACUGAUCGGACACCAUGCUCCUCCACUCAGAGUCGGUGACUUCAUACGGACGUUUCCGUUUAACGCAGCCACCCUGAAGGCCUCGCAGCAUGAACUGGAAGUUAAAGUCAUCAUACAGGAGCUUCACAAGCUGACAGGUCAGCUGGCAAAAUCAGAGAAGAAGAAGAGGAAGAGAAAAGAGGAGGAAGGGAAGGACAGAGAUGGUGAAGAAGACUUUGAUUCUUUGCUGUGGGGGCCAAAAGACCCUCCGUUGAUCAGUCAAUGCUUAAAACACAACUAGAGGUGUUACUCCUUUUCUAUUUGUUUGUCAGAUGGUAACUCUCCCAUCACGUCCGUCUCUAUAAAACCUUUAAAGUGAAGCCAAAACAACAGAGCUCCCCCUGGUGGUCAAACUACAAAAUUACAACAAAUACUUUAUUUCUCAAACAUGUUUUUUUGUCAUUACAGUUUGGUUCUUGUCAUUCUGAUUUACUUCCACAUAUGUAUAGUUUUAGUUAUCUGGUAUUAAAUUGUGGGGAUGUGAAGUUAUGAUUGACAUUUCUGUUGACAAAUGUGACCAUGGUGAGCAGAGCAGAGGAAAGAGCGUCCACAAGAGUCUUUUCAUCUGUGAACUGAACCCUCCUGAAGAAGUUCAAUCUGUGUUAGGUUUGAGGAAGGAGCGUGUCAGUCACCAUCUGACCUGAUAGAGAUAAUAAUCCAGUAAAUAGGUGACUUCUUAAAGGCUCAGAGUAGCCCUGGUACAAUGUUUCUGUGGGUUCAAAAUCCACUUUCACAGCUUCAAUGGAUUUUUCAUCCAAUGUCAAACAACUACGUUCAUAGAUGACAUUUUAAAAUUUGCAUUUUAAUAUCAGGAAAUAGCAUUAAACCAUCAAAUUAGAUUAAUUUAAAGGUUUAGUUUUGGCAAAGUCGACUGUGGCUGUGAGAGGAAGCUCAUGGAAGACAUUAAGGUGAUUUAAUUGAGUUAAAUCUGGACACAGACA